CUCCUCGUCGCCGCAAUGCUCUACCCAUCCACGCUGCUCCGCUGGUUCCAGCGCAAGAAGUACCAAUACGAAGUCACCUUCUCGCUGUACAUGUUAACCGGGACGGAGAAGUUCAUCUUCAACUCCGUCCUUUUCCUCCUCCUCUCCCUCCUUGUCAUCGCCGCGUCGCUGUACCUCCCCGAACAUGUCAUGAUCAUCGCGAAUCGCAUGUUUUACUACGCCUCGGGCAGUGAGGAUACCAUUGCGCACAAGGCGUCGGAGUUUUUGGGGCAAGAUGGCUUGGGUGGCGCGUUGGCGGGGCAUGGGAGAGAGCUGUAGACGGGUCGUUUGAAAGGGUUGCGUGCUAUUCGACUGGGUUGUCGUUGAGCUGUUUGGGAGGAUCUGGGACUCGUUGCGUCCUUUGCCUAGCGCCAGGCGGGAUUAUAAGCGUUGCAUGAUAUGGCGUUUGUGGUGCUUGAAGAAGCCCUUGAUGGGCU